AUGGCCAUGAUGGAGGCCGAAGAGCAGGAGGAGGAUGUGAAAACCUCAUCUGAGGAUGAACCUAAGAGCAGGACACAGGACUGCCUGCGCUAUGCACCUCUCUGGAUUGUCCUUGUUCUUCUGGCUGGAGCUGGAGUGCUGACCUGGUAUUUUGUAGACUACAGACCACGGUUUCUGGAACCAACCAUCCUGCAGUUCUACUCUGGUAGCCUCCGGAUCCUCAAUCGCCAGUACUCCCUGGACCUUGGACGGCUGGAAUCCAGAGCCUUCUGGACUGAAUCAGCCAAGCAACAGAAGAUGAUAAAGGAACUUAUUCGUGCCACAGAGCUGAGUCCAUAUUACAACUCCAGCACAGUGUAUGCCUUUGGGGAGGGGCCCCUGACGGUCUUCUUCUGGUUCGCCCUUCAAAUGCCUGAGAGUCAGCACAAGGGGAUGACUGCUGAGAGGGUGAAGGUGAUACUAGACAGGGAGCUUCUCGCCAGCAUCAACAGCACAGGCAGCCUCUCUUACCAGACAGAAUACAAUCUCGACCCAAAUUCUCUGGUUCUGCUGGAAUCCAGUGUGAAAGACUUAUUAGUGCUGAAAUCCACUCUGGGUUGUUACAGAUACAGCUAUGUGCGGGAGGAUGAAGCCCUAAAGCUGAAGGGCCCUGACUACUUGGCCUCCAGUUGUCUUUGGCACCUCCAUGGCCCCAAGGGUCAUAUGAUCAAGCUGCAUCUGGAGUGGACCCUCCCAGACUGCAGGGACCGACUGGCCAUGUAUGACGAGGCUGGGCCGCUGGAGAACCGUCUCAUCACCUCAGUCUAUGGCUGCAACCGUCAGGAGCCCGUAGUGGAGGUCCUUUCUUCAGGUCAUGUCAUGGCUGUGGUGUGGAAGAAAGCAAUGUACAGUUACUAUGAUCCUUUCAUCCUCUCUGCCCAAGCUGUACCCCUUGAAGCCUGUCAGGUAAAUCUCACACUUCCAGAAGACCUGGAGCUGCGGGGGAAGAUCAGCACUCCAUACUACCCCAGCUACUAUGCACCCAACACACAGUGCACCUGGCACAUGAUGGUCCCAUCUCUCGACUACGGAGUUGUGCUGUGGUUUGAUGCCUAUGCGCUCAGGAGGCAGACGCAUGACCUGCCGUGCACUCAGGGCCAGUGGAUUAUUCAGAACAGAAGGUUGUGUGGCCUGCGGACCCUGCAAGCUUAUGCUGAAAGGAUUCCAGUAGUGUCCUCUGCUGGCAUCACCAUCAGCUUCACCUCUCAGAUCUCCUUGACUGGACCUGGCAUGCAGGCUGCCUACAGCCUAUACAACCAGUCAGAUCCCUGUCCCAGGGAGUUUCUCUGCUCUGUGAAUGGCCUGUGUGUCCCAGCAUGUGACGGGAUCAAGGACUGUCCCAAUGGACUGGAUGAGAGGAACUGCGUGUGCUCUGCAACAUUCCAGUGUCAGGAAGACAGCACCUGCAUAGAUUUCACAAAGGUCUGCGACGGUCGCCUGGACUGUGUCAACGGGAGCGACGAGGAGCAGUGCCAUGAAGAUGUUCCCUGCGGGUCAUUCACCUACCAAUGUGCAGAUGGGUCCUGUGUGAAGAAACCCAACCCUGAGUGUGACUCGGUUGCAGAUUGCAAGGACCUGUCUGAUGAGAAGAACUGUGACUGUGGAUUACAAACCUCAUUAAACCGGAUCGUGGGUGGCAUCGACACUCUAGAAGGGGAGUGGCCGUGGCAGGCUAGCCUGCAGAUCCGUGGACGCCAUAUUUGUGGUGGAACACUCAUUGCUGACCGCUGGGUGGUCUCAGCUGCCCACUGCUUCCAUGAUGAAAGACUGGCUUCCCCAUCCAUCUGGACUGUCUACUUGGGCAAGUACUUCCAGAACACCAGCAGCUACAAUGAGGUGUCCUUCAAAGUGAACCGCCUCCUCCUGCACCCAUACUAUGAGGAAGACAGCCAUGACUAUGAUGUGGCCUUGCUCCAGUUAGACCACCCAGUUAUCAUUUCACCCUUCAUCCGGCCUAUAUGCCUGCCUGCCCGCACCCACCUUUUUGAACCUGGUCUCCGUUGCUGGAUCACUGGAUGGGGGGCCCUCAAAGAAGGAGGCCACAUCAGUAACGUCUUGCAGAAGGUAGAUGUGCAGCUGAUCCAGCAGGACAUCUGCAGCGAGACCUAUCACUACAAGAUCUCUCCCAGAAUGCUGUGUGCUGGCUACCACAAGGGCGAGAAGGAUGCCUGCCAGGGCGAUUCUGGAGGUCCCCUUGUCUGCAAGGAGCCCAGUGAGAGGUGGUUCCUAGCUGGCCUGGUGAGCUGGGGGCUAGGAUGUGCCCGUCCAAAUUAUUACGGGGUCUACACCAGGAUUACGCAGGUGCUGGGCUGGAUGAAGCAGACGAUGAGCUGA